AUGGCCAUUGACUUCUUGCGCAUCCUCAUCCUCUAUGCGCGUCACGCUUUCCCUUAUCUCCUUCGCUUAGCUCGCCAGAAACUCCUCGCCGUGCACCACCGCUACACUUACCGUCCCACCGAAAAACCACUCAACGUCGUUGUGAUCGGAGCUUCUUUUGGUGGUUUACACGUCGCACAACGCCUCGCAGAGACUCUGCCGACAGGCUACCGUGUGGUGCUAAUCGAGAGGAACUCUCACUUAAACUAUGUGUUUGCAUUUCCAAGAUUUAGUGUGGUGUCAGGGUACGAGGAGCGGGCCUUCGUGCCGUAUGACUGCAUCGCCAAGGAUGCGCCAGAGGGUGUUUUCGAGAGGAAGCAUGCAGAAGUGGCGCGGGUUACGAGCGAGCAGGUUGUGCUGGAGAGCGGCGAAUGCGUUCAUUACGCCAUGCUCGUCGUCGCUACAGGGUGUAGCCAGCCGAGGCCGGCGAGGCUGCGGAGCAGGGAUAGCAAUGGCGGCUGUCAGGAAUUGAGGAAUCUGCAGGGCAAAGUAAAAGAGGCUGGAAGAAUCGCGGUCGUCGGCGGAGGAGCGGUGGGCGUCGAGCUCGCUGCUGAUAUCAAGAGCUACUAUCCAGACAAGGCUGUUACGUUAGUGCAUUCGAGGCAGCAGUUGCUCAACAGCUUCGGGCCCGGACUUCACAAGCACACGAUGGAAGCUUUGGAGAAGCUAGGUCUCAAGAUCAAGCUAGGAGAGAGACCGGCAAUUUCUGAUGCAGGUAAUGAGGAAAAGAAGGGAACCCUGACAUUCUCUGACGGCAACGAAGAAGAAUUCGACCUCAUUGUACCCUGUACGGGACAGCGUCCUAACGCAUCUAUCCUUGCCGAACUCGCACCCGCAUCCAGCUCAAAGCAAACGAGCCGCAUAAUGGUCAAGCCAACUCUCCAGAUAAGUGACCAUGACGAUACCACUCCAUACCCGAAUAUAUUUGCUCUUGGUGACGUCGCAGAGACCGGCGGACCCAAGAUGGCGCGCGCCACCAUGAUGCAGGGUGAGGUGGUGGUGAACAACGUCCUCAACAUGAUCAAGCAUGGAAAGGCUUCGGCGACUUACACGCCACAGCCUGAGAUUGAGGGUGCGAUCAAGCUAACUUUGGGCAUCAGAGAUUUUGUUAUGUACACCCAGGAUAGCAUGGGGUCUGAGUUGCUAUUCAGCGGCAGUAACGGGAGUGAGGACAUAGACGCAGCCAAAGGUUGGGCUUGGUAUGGUCCUGGUGCGAAGGCUAUGCCGAAGCGUCGGAUCACCGAGAUCGAUGAGUAG